CACCUCUCGCUGCCCUGCCCUCGCCAUGCGGACCCCGCGAGCGCCCCCUUCUCGCCUGGCCCUGCUGCUCCUGCUGCUGCUACUUGGGGGCUCCUACAGCCUUUUCCCGGAGGAGCCGCCGCCACUCAGCGUGGCUCCCCGAGACUAUCUGAACCACUACCCCGUGUUUGUGGGCCGCGGGCCUGGUCGCCUGAGCCCCGCAGAAGGCACGGAAGACCUCAACAUCCAACGCGUCCUGCGCGUCAACAGGACGCUGUUCAUUGGGGACAGGGACAACCUCUACCGGGUGGAACUGGAGCCCCCCACGUCCAUGGAGCUGCGGUACCAGCGGAAGCUGACCUGGCGCUCCAACCCCAGUGACAUCAACGUGUGCCGAAUGAAGGGCAAGCAGGAGGGCGAGUGUCGAAACUUCGUAAAGGUGCUGCUACUUCGCGACGAGUCCACGCUUUUCAUGUGCGGCUCCAACGCCUUCAACCCCGUGUGCGCCAAUUACAGCAUGGACACACUACAGCCCCUCGGGGACAACAUCAGUGGCAUGGCCCGCUGCCCGUACGACCCCAAACAUGCCAAUGUUGCCCUCUUCUCUGAUGGGAUGCUCUUCACAGCCACCGUUACUGACUUCCUCGCCAUCGAUGCUGUCAUCUACCGCAGCCUUGGGGACCGGCCCACCCUGCGAACUGUGAAACACGACUCCAAGUGGUUCAAAGAGCCCUACUUCAUCCAUGCGGUGGAGUGGGGCAGCCAUGUCUACUUCUUCUUCCGGGAGAUUGCGAUGGAGUUUAACUACCUGGAGAAGGUGGUGGUGUCCCGCGUGGCCCGGGUGUGCAAGAAUGACGUGGGGGGCUCCCCGCGUGUGCUGGAGAAGCAGUGGACGUCCUUCCUGAAGGCGCGCCUCAACUGCUCGGUGCCCGGGGACUCCCAUUUCUACUUCAACGUGCUCCAGGCCGUCACAGGCGUGGUCAGCCUGGGGGGCCGGCCCGUGGUCCUCGCUGUCUUUUCUACCCCCAGCAAUAGCAUCCCCGGCUCGGCCGUCUGCGCUUUUGACAUGACGCAGGUGGCCGCUGUGUUCGAGGGCCGCUUCCGUGAGCAGAAGUCCCCUGAGUCCAUUUGGACAGCGGUGCCAGAAGAUCAGGUGCCACGGCCCCGGCCCGGGUGCUGUGCGGCUCCUGGCAUGCAGUACAACACCUCCAGCGCCUUUCCUGACGAGAUCCUCAACUUCGUCAAGACCCACCCCCUAAUGGACGAGGCUGUGCCCUCUCUGGGCCACGCCCCCUGGAUCGUGCGGACACUGAUGCGGCACCAGCUGACGCGAGUGGCCGUGGACGUGGGUGCCGGCCCCUGGGGCAACCAAACUGUUGUCUUCCUGGGAUCCGAGGCGGGCACGGUCCUCAAGUUCCUUGUCCGGCCCAACUCCAGUGCCCCAGAGACCACUGGGCCUAGUGUCUUCCUGGAGGAGUUUGAGACCUACCGGCCAGACAGGUGUGGACAGUCCAGCAGUGGCAAGACAGGGCGGCGUCUGCUGAGCCUGGAGCUGGACACGGCCUCGGGUGGCCUGCUUGCGGCCUUUCCCCGCUGCGUGGUCCGCGUGCCUGUGGCCCGCUGCCAGCAGCACUCAGGGUGCAUGAAGAACUGUAUCGGCAGCCAGGACCCCUACUGCGGGUGGGCCCCUGAUGGCUCCUGUAUCUUCCUCAGUCCGGGCACCAGAGCCACCUUUGAGCAGGAUGUCUCUGGGGCCAGCACCUCAGGCUUAGGGGACUGUACAGGGCUGCUGCGGGCCAGCCUCUCCGAGGAGCGCGCCGGGCUGGUGUCGGUGAACCUGCUGGUGACCUCGUCGGUGGCGGCCUUCGUGGUGGGCGCCGUGGUGUCCGGCUUCAGCGUGGGCUGGUUCGUGGGCCUCCGCGAGCGGCGCGAGCUGGCCCGUCGCAAGGACAAGGAGGCCAUCCUGGCGCACGGCGGCGGCGAGCUGACCAUGCAUGCCACGUGGCUGGCUGAGUUCUGGACCCGCUCUGGAGUUUGCCUCCCCCAACCCCCUCCCCAUCAAUAA